AUGGUAGCCCCCUUUCUGCUGCCGGCCCUCCUGGCGUUCUUUGCCGCCACGGCCUCUACUUCUACACCUACUAUUCAUAAGGUGCCGAUCGGGGGUGGUAACCAGACAUGCAGGUAUAUUCCCGGAGAUGCAGGCUGGCCGAGCCAGCGCCAAUGGGCCCGACUGAACAGCACUGUGGGUGGGCGGCUGAUAGCUACGGUGCCCGUGGCGCAUGUCUGUCACCUCCAGGGGCAGUUCGCCGCAUACGACCAAGAGUCAUGUAGUACUCUAGGCACGGCCUUCCAGGAUUCGGGCCCGGCCACCCUAUGCCCUAUACCCGGCGAGGUUCUGAACCCCUACUGGCAGAACGAGACGUGCUCGCCAUUCACUGCCCCGGGGGUAUCUUGCGAGCUCGGCAACCGCGCAGCGUAUUCCAUUAACGUGACGGGACCCGCUGACGUGCAAGCUGGUCUGGCGUUUGCCACCGCCAACAACAUCCGUCUGGUCAUUAGGAAUACCGGCAUCGACUACUUGGGUAAGUCCACUGGCCAAGGGGCGCUGGCCCUGUGGACGUACAACCUCAAAGCCAUCGAGAUCAUACCCGGCUACGAGACCCCCCUGUAUACGGGACCGACUGUGAAGCUCGGCGCCGGUGUGACUGCGGGAGAGGCGUACGAGGCCGUGCAAGGCUCGGGAUACCGUAUUAUCGCCCCCGAGUGCGGACUGACGGGUGUCGUGGGGGGCUAUGCCCAAGGUGGAGGCCAGUCACAGCUCAUCACCGCCUAUGGGAUGGCGGCCGACCAGGUUCUCGAGUGGGAGCUUGUCACGCCACGCGGCGAAUACCUUUUGGCGACUCCCGAGCACAACAGCGACCUGUAUUGGGCCCUGGCCGGCGGCGGCGGCGGUACCAACGGCGUGGUUCUCGGAGCGACCUUCAAAGCCUACCCCGAAGGGCCCGUGGCUGGCGGCGAGAUGGUCGUGCAGAGCGCCAACACGACCGCGCUGUUCGAAGCGAUCGGGAUUUGGUUUCACCAGGGGCCCUCGUACGUGGAGAGCUCGCGCAACAACAUCCAGUUCUUCGUCACGAACGACACCUUGACCGUCCUCAACUUCGUCAUGCCGGACCAGAACGCCUCGUCCAUCGACGAGCUGCUGGGGCCCUUCCUUCCAGAGCUGGGCCGGCUCGGACUCAACUACACGUUCACCACCACCGACUACCCAACCUACCUGGACAGCUUCAUCGCGUCGUACGGGCCCCUGCCGUACGGCGACCUCUGUCCCAGCUUCCCCAUCAUUUCCAGCCGGGUGAUUCCUCGGGCCACUGUGCUCGACCCUGCUGCCAACCGCCGCCUGGUGGACCUAUACCGCAACAUCACCGACGGCGGCACGUGGUGGGUUGGAUGCUCGUUCUUGAACGUUGACGAUAGUCCUGGCUCCGCGCGGCCACCGCACCCUCCCAACUCGGUGCACCCGGUCUGGCGCAGCGCCGUCGCCUACUGCAACCCGCAGACGCACGGGCCGUACGGCUGGAAGGAACCCGCGGCUGUCACGGCCCUGAGGCGCACCCUCGUCGACGAUAUCUUCCCCGCACUGGAAGCGGCGACGCCGGGCGGAGCUGUGCAGAACGAGAUUGAUCCGACGUACCGGGGGGACUGGAAGGAGACGUUCUACGGGGCGAACUAUGACCGCCUGUUGAGCAUCAAGCACGCGUAUGAUCCUAGUUUCAACAUGUAUGGGCUGUUUGCCGUGGGCUCGGACGAGUUCAGGAUGGAUAAAGCGGGGCGGCUGUGUAGAGCUUGA